AUGAUUAACCUGUAUAACAACUUUAUAGCAUUUGUUCCGCCGAACGCAUUUGCCGCCAUUCAAAGUGCCCACCCAACGUCGGUUCAAAUAUAUUUGGAUUCCAAUCUGAUUGAACACGUCGAUCCUGAUGCCUUCUCGGGAAUUGAGGACACUCUUGGUUAUCUUGACCUCUCUGGAAACCGGCUCACUACUUUACCCUCGGCGUUGGUCAAACUGACUAACUUGGACUCAUUGUUCAUCUAUGACAAUUUGUUUAAAACGUUUGAUGCUUCAAUAAUGUCUCAUUUAGGCCAAUCAAUUACCGAUCUAGAAUUUAGCCUUGACAACUUCACCACAUGGCCACAAGAACUCCAAUAUUUGCAAAAGCUUAAAUCUACAUACAUCUACGGGUUGGAACAUUUGAUUCCUAUCCCUCCCAACGCAUUCCAAGGACUGGAAAGUACACUAAAGCAGCUCUACGUCGAUGAUCUGUACCCAGUUCCAGAGAGUCUAUUCUCCCUUCGCAACUUGGAGUACCUAAGUUUUUCUUGGUACACGGGAGAACAUCGGUAUUUUGAAUUUGGCAAUUACACAAAAACCCUUCCUUCUCUGACAACCCUAUACUUUAAUAGACUUUACCUACCUACUCUGCCAGACGUUUUUCGAUAUUUUCCCACCAUAGAACACCUCUAUGUCUACGAUGCCGAAUUGGUUGAUAUUCCAGAAAAUACCAUGCCCAUAAACAGUAACCUGAAGGUUUUGUCUCUAACAGGCAACAACCUGACGAGCAUUCCCAGGGCCUUGUCCAAUCUGCAUAGCCUUAGAGAGUUAGAUUUGAGCGGAAACAGGAUAUUUGCCCUCGGUUCAUCCGAUCUGAAAAGUAUGGAUAACCUCCGAAAACUCAACCUUGGAUCAAUGCUAACAAGAAUAGAUGACACGGCUUUUAUGCACGCGCCUAACAUCGAAGAGCUGUCCUAUGGUGGACCAAUCGGCAUACCACGAGCAGUGAUGACGCUGCUCAACUUAAAGCACUUAGACCUGAUCUACAUCAAUGAAAACCAUCCCACCCUGUGCACGUGCCAGAUGAACUAUCUCAAGGGUUGGGAUGUCACAAAUAUCACUAUCCCUUAUCUAUGCCCGGUUUACCAAGGACAACCUGCUGGCUACAAUACGGAACAGGGCAGAUCAGUUCAGGAGUAUAUUCUUCAUGACCUGAUCAAAUGCUGA